UGGCAGAUUAAAGGAUUCUGAUAAUAGAUAUAAGAAUGACAAUAUUGAAAUCGUAGAUAUUAGUAAAGAUGAUGAAAUCAUAGAUAUUAAUAAGAACAUAAAUAUUGAUAAUAACGAUGAAAUCAUAGAUAUUAUGGAUAUUAGUGACAAUGAUAUAGAAAUGACAGAUUUUAUUGAUGAUAAUGAAGUUAUGAACAUUAGCGAUAUUAUUGAAUUUAUAGAUAUUAGCAAUUGA